AUGGCUUUAUACGAAUUAGCGGUUUUUGAUCCCUCUGACCCCGCUCUUGAUCCAAUGUGGAGACAAGGUUUGUAUGGUCCUGGAAUAUGGGUGUCCGAUCCUUAUGGACUAACUGGAAAAGUACAACCCGUAAGUCCAGCGUGGGGCGCAGAAGGCUUUGAUCCUUUUGUUCCCGGAGGAAUAGCCUCUCAUCAUAUUGCAGCGGCUUUCGUUGUUGCUGGAACUAUGUGGUAUGGUUCAGCAACUACCCCAAUCGAAUUAUUUGGUCCCACUCGUUAUCAGUGGGAUCAGGGAUACUUUCAGCAAGAAAUAUAUCGAAGAGUUAGCGCCGGACUAGCCCAAAAUCUGAGUUUAUCGGAAGCUUGGUCUAAAAUUCCCGAAAAAUUAGCUUUUUAUGAUUACAUUGGUAAUAAUCCAGCAAAAGGGGGAUUAUUCAGAGCAGGGUCAAUGGACAACGGGGAUGGAAUAGCUGUUGGGUGGUUAGGACACCCCGUCUUUAGAGAUAAAGAAGGGCGCGAGCUUUUUGUACGUCGUAUGCCUACCUUUUUUGAAACAUUUCCGGUAGUUUUGGUAGAUGGAGACGGAAUUGUUAGAGCCGAUGUUCCUUUUAGAAGGGCAGAAUCAAAGUAUAGUGUUGAACAAGUAGGUGUAACUGUUGAGUUCUAUGGUGGCGAACUCAAUGGAGUCAGUUAUAGUGAUCCUGCGACU